AAGAGGUACGUCAUACAGGAAGUUCGUGUGACAAUCAAACCCGUUGGUUGUAGUAUGAACUGUACGUGGGAGUGGGAGAGACAUUUGAGGUCAAUUGCAAAAUUGUCAUGAUUUGGAGUAACUAGAUACCUAAGCUCGUAAUUAUCAGUCGCUUUGGUGUUAGGAAUUUAUAAACAUUGUUCGUCAAUAGCAUGUGGAGUCCAACACACGUUCAAGUGACAGUCCAGAGAGCAAGGGGCUUGUUGACAAAAGGCAAACAUGGAACCAAUGAUGCAUUUGUGACGAUUGCACUUGGCAAAGAGAAGUAUCAGACAUCGGUGAAGGAAAAGGCAUUGCAAGAUGUGGAUUGGCAUGAGGAAUGUGAACUACAGAUCCCAAAACAAGGCAAUGUGGCUGAGAUUGUGCUCACUGUCCUGCAUCGUAAUUUUAUUGGAGUUGAUGAGUUUCUGGGGGUUGUCAACAUCCCCUUGGCCGAUUUUGAUGUGUAUGAGCGACCUAGAAACAGGUGGUAUGACUUGAAGAGUAAGCCUGGGAAGGAGAAGAACAAGCCAAGGGGAGAAUUGGAGGUGCGGGUUGCAUUCUUGGUUAAAGCUGGUAGCCUGACAGAUCUGAGCAAUAAACCGCACCGGUCUUCCAUGGGACAUCUGUCACACAUGGCUCAUUCAGUGGGUGGUAGUCUGCUCAGCAUUGGCAGUCUAGAGAAAAGGAAAGGCUUGAAGAAACUGGCCAAGAAUCUGGUUAAAAAAAGCAAGAAAAGUGACAAGGAAGUUUCUCUGGAUGGCAACAGUGACUUUCGAACUUCUCGCCAAAUGUCAGCUCAAGUUGCAGGUGACGCAGAUCCUGGAGUUAUCAGCGAGGGGGAGAGUGAGGAUGAUUUUACAUUUGAUGACCUUUCACACAAAAGUUCUGGCAGUUCAAUCAACACAAAUCAGACAAGUACAGUCACGCCAGUUGUAGGUUCACUUGAAAAUCUGGCAGGUGGGGAAGUUCUGCGACGCACCUCCACAGCUCCAGUGCAAUCACCAGUGCCUGUAAAGUCAACAGUGAACAGAACUGUAGAUGAGUGGGAACGGAAGCUGUAUGGGAAACAAGGGAAGGAUGUUAGCAUGGACACAUUGAAGCGCCGGUCAUGGGACAAGGCCAUUCUGAGCAGCCAACCAGAAGAGGAGGAACCAGAGACUGUUCCUACCCCUAAGGAAGCCAGUCCGCCACCUGCCAUAACACUCAGUCCUGUCAUGCAAGCUAUGCCACAAACUUCAGCACCACAAACACCAGUGCCAACACCCCGCAAAUUUGAGCCAGAUGAACCAGAAAAGAAGGAAGAUGAGAAAGAAAAAGUGAAGGAAGGUUCAAGACUUGCCAGAAAAUUUAAACAGUUCCGCAAAGAGAGCAAGAUGCCAGAAAUUCCACAGACAGAAGAGAGAAUCAUCAUUGGGGGUGAAAAUGAAGGAACAGCUGUGCAAUCACCACCCAGUAGACUUGCACCUGAAGUGCUACUUAAAUUUGAAGGAAAGUCCAGGGAGGACCUUAUUGAGACGGUCUGCAGUCUGCAAGCAUCGUUAGAACACCAGUCCAGGAAACUGAAGGAUCUGGAGGACUACUUGGACAACCUGCUGUUACGUGUCAUGGAGACAACACCUCGCAUUCUGCAGAACCCUUAUGUCAGCUGCAAGGCACAGGCUAAUCUCAGGAGAAACAGUGCAGUUGACAAUUCCUUCAGCAGACUGUGAUUGCUUUGUCUGUGCUUUGAAGUGCCAUUUCUGUGAUUGUUGUGUUGCAGCCACUGACUGGGGCUUUGGUGCACUCCGUCCAGCUGAGGUGAUGUGCCUUGAUGUAAACCAAGUAAAAUACUAAAAGUUUGAUUUUAAUUGAGGCAUAAUAUACUGUGCCAGAAGCAAACAAGAUAGAAAUGUUCUGUGAAAUUAUAGAAUAUGAUAAAAUGUACAUGCCAGAUGUAAAGCCAUGAAGUGUUUGUCCCCACUACUGAUCCCAUGAGCAGAAGAUGCUAAUCACUGAUGAAGCAGACCAUGGGGCCUUUUGACAGAGCAUAUGCAGGAGACUGGAUGUGAUAUUGUAUUUUUCCAUCACUAAAAAUACAUCAUGUAAUAAUAAUGCAUUGGCUUGUAUAUUAAGAAAUAUAACUGGUAAACUGUAGCCAACUGUAAAAAGAAAGUUGAAGUUAGGAAUGGAAUACAAAUUCUUUUAAACACUGCGUUGUGGAUAACAUUUAAAAUAGGGACACUUGUAGGAAUUUGGAUUAUAAGGGUUGUGUAUGUGUGUUCUUCCUAUUUGUAUUUCCAUUAUAUCAGCUUGUUAAACUAAUUCAUUCUGCUCAUCAGGUCUGCAGAUAUAAGUAGACAGUAUAUGUUAUUAUGUUUGCAUGCAUAUGCGUGAUUGAUUGUGCAUGUGUAACUUAAUAAAUUUUUGAGCCUCAAAUGGGAUUUGUUGCUCAUAAUGUAAAAGAAAUGUUAAGUUUUGAGCAUUAAGCAGUGCGUACUGCUAUGCGUUUUGUCAGUAUUUUAAUACAUAGACAGGACAAAGGAACACAUUUGUCAUCAAAUCAUUACUCCCACAUGUAAAUAUAUUGUAAUUUUAUAAACAUAUUUGUUACAAUUAUGUAAUGUUUACUUUGUAAAAGACUUUCACAGCUGAUUGUGGUGCAACAGGCCCUGGAAAUACAUAUCACACUGUAGACUCUUUCCAAAAAGACACUACAGUUUUAAUGUAUAAAACCCCUUUAUACAAUGUUCCCCAUUUCUGUACACCUGUGCUAGGCAGUCAUAAUGCAAAAGUAUGUCCAGCUUUGUUUCAUUGGUUAGUAACAAGAAAUAUAGUUGCAAGUUUAUAUUGCAUAACAGGUUCUGAUUGGUCAGUACAGGUGUAUUUCCCAAACUGUCUUCAUGUUAUCCAAAACACUGAAUAUUAGAAUAAGGAAAGAUGGGAUAAUUUCUAGGCAGGAACAAAUAAUGCACUGUUAUGGAGACAGUUCUCUGCUUGCAGUCUUGAUAAGAGUAAUUAUCGUAUUUUAUGACUUGCCUGUAUGCUGAUGGUAGAUGAUAAUUUGGGCAUCACACAUUAGUAGGCCGGGGAUCUCUCAGGAACCUGUGUGAUUACCAAACCCUCCACCAGGCCUAAGACUGUAGAAAACUUGGGAUUUUAAAUCCCCAUGCUUGCCUAAGUGCUGUUAAUUUUAAUGCCCUUUUGUAUGCUGUAUUUGAAGGGCUCAUCUAAAACCAGGGUCUGGCAGGAUUAAGAAGUGUGUUAGUGGAAAUGGCAAGGGGUUAAACAUUAAUUUGAAUCCAUUGUCUUCCUUGAAGUUGAAGUAUGAUAUUUUUGUACAUCCUGUAGCAACAUUAGUUAUAGUCUAAUGGAAACCAGUUGCAAUUCAAGAACUAGUGCUCUUUGCAAUAUAGGGAUUCUCCAGUGUUUCUCAACCAGCAUACUGCUGUGUGAGUCAUGAGUAUGUUAUGACAUUUUUAAUUUCAAUUUUGUUAUACACAAAUAAGACUAGUUCACACACAGUAUACUAAUAGUCAUGAGAAUUGCUCACCCCUGUUUUGUUAUCUCAUUAGCCCAUGUUGCUGUUUAUUGUAUUGCUGCUUUCACAUUUUUUAAUGUUCCCAUGUAUUAUAUACUGCUUUUCCAGAUUAUCCAUUUUAAUCUUAAUAUUUUAUCAGUCAUUUAUUACUUGUUCCUACAAUUUUUCAUGUGAACCAUAAUAUAAAUAUACAUAAAUGUAAAGUGUAACAAUAUGAAGAAUUACAUGAAGGUAAUUUAUGGAUAUACACAGACAACUUGACAGUACUGAUCAGUUUGGUGUGCUGUAAGGUAAUUAAGUAUACUGUAUUUUAAUGUCACACCACAUGGAAUAGGUUGAGAAAUACUGGUCUUUAUAAUUUUGUAUUUUCAAUGUGUGUUUUAUAUGGGCAGAGAGAGUAGCUGUAUUAUAUGCAUAGUAAAAUGUUGACAUUA